UUUUCUUGUUGUGUUGUGUCAAGAAGUCUAGCUUGCGAGAACAGGAACAUUCUGCGUUUACUUUUCUAUACAUUGAUUGGUUUUACAAUAAUUACUUGAUUUACGUUCGUGCGGGUGUUUAAGUUGAAAUACACAGCAAAUAUGGCUCAAUACAAAGGAGCUGCCAGCGAGGCAGGAAGAGCCAUGCAACUGAUGAAAAAACGAGAAAAGGAGAGGGAACAACUUGAACAACUCAAACAGAAGAUUGCAGAGGACAACAUGGUCAAGUCUAACAUCGAUAAGAAGUUCUCAGCUCACUAUGAUGCUGUGGAGGCAGAGUUGAAGUCCAGCACUGUUGGUCUGGUGACAUUGAAUGAUAUGAAAGCCAAGCAGGAGGCUCUUGUGAAGGAGCGCGAGAAGCAACUGGCAAAGAAGGAGCAGUCCAAAGAGCUCCAGCUAAAGCUGGAGAAGCAGAAGGAGAAGAAGAGAAAAGAAGAACAGAAGAGAAAAAUUGCUAGUUUGUCAUUUAAUCCAGAAGACGACGGUGAAGGUGAAGAAGAGGAAGAAGAAAAGGAAGAAGAAGAAGAAGAAGAAGAGCAGGAUUAUGUUCCUGUAAAGAAGAAGAAGCUUGGAAAAAAUCCAGAUGUGGACACAAGUUUCCUUCCUGAUCGAGACAGAGAGGAGGAGGAGAAUCGACUACGAGAGGAACUCAGGCAGGAGUGGGAGCUCAAACAGGAGAAGAUCAAGAGUGAGGAGAUAGAGAUUACCUUCAGCUACUGGGAUGGAUCUGGCCAUCGAAAGACUGUUAAGAUGAAGAAGGGCAACACCAUCCAGAAUUUUUUGCAGAAGGCUUUGGAAGUCCUCAGGAAGGACUUCAGUGAGCUCAGGUCUGCUGGAGUCGAGCAGCUGAUGUACAUCAAGGAAGAUCUGAUAAUCCCACAUCACCACAGCUUUUAUGACUUCAUCGUAACUAAAGCCAGAGGCAAAUCAGGUCCUCUCUUCAGCUUUGAUGUCCACGAUGACAUCCGAUUGGUCAAUGACGCCACUGUAGAGAAAGAUGAGUCUCAUGCAGGGAAAGUCGUGCUGAGGAGCUGGUAUGAGAAGAACAAGCACAUCUUCCCCGCGAGUCGCUGGGAGCCAUACGACCCCGAGAAGAAAUGGGACAAAUACACGAUCCGGUGAAACUGCAGAAAACGUCUUCUGUCUUCUAUUCUAUUCCCUUCCACAAUUGGACUCUCUCAGGGUCAUCAAAAUGCUAAUUGCCCCAAGUCUACCUUAAAUGUCUCCCAUUUAAUUAUGGUCAAUAAAUUGAACCUGUAAUGACA